GUUACAAGACACAAGCCUUUCUUUCAUUUACCAUAUAUAGUGUAAUACAUUUAAAGCAUAUUCAAAGAUGUUUUCUGGUGUAACAGGUCUCUUUGAUAGAGGCCAAAAGUUGAAGGGAACUGUGGUGUUGAUGCAAAAGAAUACUUUGGAUAUCAACGCCCUCACUGCUGCUAAAAGCCCUACUGGUAUCAUUGGUGGUGCCUUUGGUAUUGUUGGUGAUGUUGCUGGCAAUAUACUUGAUACUGCCACUUCCUUCUUGGGACGUUCUAUAGCUCUCAGGUUGAUUAGUGCUACAAGUGCUGAUGCUGCUGGAAAAGGAAAAGUGGGAAAGGAAACAUUUCUGGAAGGUCUUCUUACCUCCAUACCAACAUUGGGAGACAAACAAAAUGCUUUCAGUAUUCAUUUUGAAUGGGACAGUAACAUGGGAAUUCCCGGAGCUUUUUACAUCGAUAAUUUUAUGCAAGGUGAAUUCUUCCUUGUGAGUUUGACACUUGAAGAUGUUCCAAACCAUGGAUCCAUCCACUUUGUCUGCAACUCAUGGAUUUACAAUUCUAAAAAGUACAAAACCGACCGCAUCUUCUUUGCCAACAAGACAUACCUUCCAAGUGAAACACCGGCUCCAUUAGUGUACUACAGACAAGAAGAAUUGAAGACUUUAAGAGGAGAUGGAACUGGAGAGCGCAAGGAAUGGGAAAGAAUAUAUGAUUACGAUGUCUACAAUGAUUUGGGUGAGCCUGACUCGAAACCUCAAUUGGCGCGUCAAAUUCUUGGGGGAUCAAGCGAUUUCCCUUACCCUCGAAGGGGAAGAACUGGCAGAAGAAAAACUAAAACAGAUCCUAAGAGUGAGACUCGAAGUCCCACUGUUUACCUUCCAAGAGAUGAAUCUUUUGGACACACAAAGUCAUCAGACUUUCUUGUUUACAUACUCAAAUCAGCAUCUCAAAAUGUCAUACCUCAACUGAGAUCUGUAGUUACAUUACAACUCAAUAACCCUGAGUUUAACACCUUUCAAGAUGUGCGCUCUCUCUACGAGGGUGGAAUUAAGCUUCCUACUGAUGUACUAAGCCAGAUUAGUCCAAUACCAUUGUUCAAGGAACUUUUCCGAUCUGAUGGUGAACAAGCACUUAAGUUUCCACCACCAAAAGUGAUUCAAGUGGACCAUUCUGCAUGGCAGACUGAUGAGGAAUUUGCAAGGGAGAUGAUUGCUGGGGUGAACCCACACAUCAUCAAAAAACUUUCGGAGUUUCCACCAAAGAGCAAGCUAGAUAGCCAAAAAUUUGGUGAUAAUACCAGCACCAUAACCAAAGAAAACUUGGAGCCAAACAUGGGUGGGGUCACCGUAGAACAGGCUAUCCAAGACAAUAGAUUGUACAUACUUGAUCACCACGACCCACUCUUUCCAUAUUUGAGGAAAAUAAAUGCAACCGAGACAAAGGCCUAUGCUACCAGAACCAUACUUUUCUUGCAAGAUGAUGGAACUUUGAAGCCACUGGCCAUUGAACUAAGCAGGCCACACCCUCAAGGUGAUAGUUUUGGUCCUGUUAGCAAUGUUUACUUGCCCGCAAGUGAAGGUGUUGAAGCUUCAAUUUGGCUCCUUGCCAAGGCUUUUGUUGUUGUAAAUGACUCCUGCUAUCAUCAACUUGUCAGCCAUUGGUUGAACACCCACGCUGUUGUUGAGCCAUUCAUCAUAGCAACAAACAGGCAUCUUAGUGUGGUUCACCCUAUUCAUAAACUUUUACUUCCUCACUACCGUGACACAAUGAACAUAAAUGCACUUGCACGAAAUGUCUUGGUCAAUGCAGAGGGUAUUAUAGAAUCAACCUUCUUGUGGGGAAAUUAUGCUUUGGAAAUGUCUGCUGUUGUUUACAAGGAUUGGAAUUUCAUUGAGCAAGGACUACCUAACGAUCUAAUCAAAAGAGGAGUAGCUGUUGAGGAUCCAGCCUCUCCUACCGGUCUCCGCCUUCUGAUAGAGGAUUAUCCUUAUGCUUCUGAUGGACUAGAAAUAUGGGCUGCCAUUAAGUCAUGGGUUGGUGAAUAUGUGAAUUUCUAUUACAAGUCUGAUGCUGCCAUUGCACAAGAUGCUGAACUCCAAGCAUUCUGGAAGGAACUUGUAGAGGUUGGUCAUGGUGACCUGAAGAAUGCCACAUGGUGGUUUAAGAUGCAAACCCGUGAAGAGUUGAUCGAAGCUUCCACCAUCCUUAUAUGGAUUGCUUCAGCACUUCAUGCAGCUGUUAAUUUCGGACAAUAUCCAUAUGGAGGAUAUAUCCUUAACCGGCCAACAAAGAGUAGAAGAUUCAUGCCUGAGAAAGGAUCACCUGAGUAUGAUGAGCUUGCUAAGGACUACCAGAAGUCUUAUUUGAGGACAAUCACACCAAAGAAUGAUACACUUACUGACUUGACCAUUAUAGAGGUCUUGUCAAGGCAUGCUUCUGAUGAGCAAUACCUUGGAGAUAGAAUUGAAGGUGACAAUUGGACUUCAGAUUCACAACCAAAAGAAGCCUUCAAGAGGUUUGGAAAGAAGUUGGCUGAAAUUGAACAGAAACUCACUCAAAGGAACAAUGAUGAGACAUUGAGAAAUCGGUACGGACCAGUGAAGAUGCCAUAUACUCUACUUUAUCCUUCUAGUGAGGAAGGAUUGACUUGCCGAGGCAUUCCUAAUAGUAUCUCCAUCUAAAGUGGAUCAUGGUUGUUGUGUUGCUGCUUUGAAUAACAGAUGUGAAGGAAUUCCAUUCCCUCACUUCCUACUUACGAUCAUGUUAUUAUGUAUGUUUGUUUUAUUGUUAAUGUUUUACUUUACAUCAAUAAGAAUUAUUGUGUCUGUUUGUACCUUGUAACAUUCUAGUCCUCUUGUAUCAAAUGCAGCCUUAAUGUUUUUAUUUCAGGAA